CUGCUAUAAUUGCCGGCUUCUUCGUCAGUAAUUACACCCGAAACUUAUGGUUUAUGAGUAAUUAAAGGCAAAAUUGAUGGAUGGAGUAUUGCGGCAUUUGUCCGUUGUUAUAUGAGAAUGUUACGAUUGUUGAUUUUCCAGAACAAGCUGUUUACUGCGCGAUCAGCAAUCUUCUCCUCUUCGAAUCCACUCAGGGAAUUACGCACUUGAAAGCAUAGAAUCAUUAGUUGUGAGAGCAUUCUGAACAAGAGCAGAAACCCCGUCAAAAAUGGUCAAGGCUGUCAGAAUUUAUGAACUCGGAGGACCCGAGGUUCUGAAGUGGGAGGAUGUGGAGAUUGGGGAACCAGGGGAGGGUGAGAUACGGGUGAGAAACAAGGCUAUUGGGUUCAAUUUCAUCGAUAUUUACUUCCGCAAGGGAGUUUAUAAGUCCCCCUUGCCAUUCACUCCAGGUGUGGAGGCUGUUGGGGAGGUGAUAGCUGUAGGCCCUGGAUUGACUGGAAGGAAAGUUGGAGAUCUUGUAGCUUAUGCUGGCGAGCCAAUGGGCUCAUAUGCUGAAGAACAGAUCCUCCCUGCAAACAGAGUUGUGCCUGUUCCUUCAUCCAUUGAUCCUCUUGUUGCAGCGUCUCUCCUGACUAAGGGAAUGACAGCUCAGUUUCUCCUUCGCCGUUGCUUCAAGGUCAAAAAAGGGCACACAAUCCUUGUUCAUGCGGCAGCAGGUGGAGUUGGGUCUUUAUUAUGCCAGUGGGCAAAUGCCCUAGGUGCCACUGUGAUUGGAACUGUCUCAACCAAAGAGAAGGCAGCUCAAGCCAAGGAAGACGGAUGUCACCAUGUUAUAAUCUAUACAGAUGAGGAUUUUGUUACCUCCGUCAGCGAUAUAACAUCUGGAAAUGGGGUUGAUGUGGUUUAUGAUUCUGUAGGAAAAGAUACCUUUCAGGGUUCCUUAGACUGCUUGAAGUUACACGGAUACAUGUUGAGCUUUGGUCAGUCAUCGGGGACACCAGAUCCAGUUCAACUGUCAGCGAUUGCAGCAAAAUCCUUAUUCUUGACUAGGCCUUCACUUAAACACUAUGCUACAACUCGGGACGAGCUGCUGGAAACUGCUGGAGAGGUGUUUGCUAACGUUGCAUCAGGGGUUUUAAAGGUUCGUGUAAAUCACACAUACCCUCUGUCUCAGGCUGCACAGGCGCAAGCAGAUGUCGAGGGUCGGAAAACAUCUGGCUCAGUUGUAUUGAUACCAUAACUAAUAGCUAUUUUCAUGAAGUCCCUAAGUCCCCACCUGUUUUAAAAUGUCCUUUCAAGUAAAUUGUAUUACGGGUGGUCGUACACAUUAUACCUGCCUCGUAAUGCUAUGUGUGGGAUUAAUUCUGUAAUUGAGCAGCUGCUCUGUAAACCUUUGUUUGAACACAUUAUACCUGCCUCGUAAUGCUAUGUGUGGGAUUAAUUAUGUAAUUGAGCAGCUGCUCUGUAAACCUUUGUUUGAAUAAUGUCAUCAAGGUGAUGGAGGCAGCGUACCAUUUGAGCCUCUCUUUUUUUCA